AACAAAUCCCGGCGUGCCCCGGGCGGCUUGGGGUGGAGGGUUCUAGAAGGCGUGACGUGGGGUCGGGAGCGGGCUCAGAAGCGGGCGCCUCUUGGCAGUCGCUGUGGCAGCCGCUGCCGGGACUGGGGCCGCGGGCGGCCGGGGCCGCGGGCGCAGCCUCCUCAUCUCUCCGGCCAUGGCCGCGCUUGGCCGGCCUUUCAGCGGCCUCCCGCUGAGAGGCGGCUCGGACUUCCUACAGCCGCCACCGGCUUUCCCCGGCCGGGCCUCUCCGCCGGGGGCGGACGGCACCGAGCUGGCCCCGCGGUGGGAACCCCGCGCCGCCCCGAGCAGCCCGGGCGGGAGCGCGGCGCGCGGACGUGUUUCAGUUCACCAUAGAAAGAAACACAAGCGAGAGGAGGAGGAGGAUGAGUAAUUGUCCAGUAAGAAAGAAAAGGCUAACUGAAGCAGGGCUCUGUGCUGGUCCUAAUGACUGGAUUCUUUGUGCACAUCAGGAUAUAGAGGGUCAUGGAGUAAAUCCGUGCACUAGUGGCCUUUCUGCACCUGGCAUGUUAGAUGUUAUUUGUGAAGAGAUGGAUCAGACAACGGGAGAACCACAGUGUGAAGUUGCCCGAAGGAGGCUUCAGGAAAUUGAGGACAGAAUAAUAGACGAAGAUGAAGAAGUUGAAGCUGACAGAAAUAUUAACCAUCUUCCCAGCCUUGUCCUUUCUGAUACCAUGAAAACAGGUUUGAAGAGGGAAUUUGAUGAAGUCUUUACAAAGAAAAUGAUUGAGUCCAUGAGCCGUCCUUCCAUGGAGCUUGUGCUCUGGAAACCUCUCCCUGAACUCCUUUCUGAUAAGCCAAAGCUGUCAUCUAAUGCUAAGAACUACACAGGAGAGAGCCAAACUAAGCAUGCAGCUGCUGGCACUGCCUACCCUCAAAGAACUGAACUGUUCUUGGAACCUCGGCAAACAGGGUUGCCUGUUUACACUAGUUUGGAGACAGCUGCUUGCACAGAAGAAGAGAUGGAACUCUAGACACCAGUUUCUAUACUAAAGUUGUCAAAUUUUAGAAGGCUUAUGUGUUCAGUCAUGAGCCUGCUUGUACAGUAUAGGGACUUGAAAGUUUUGAAACGGGUGUAAUAGCUCCACCUGUGAUUUGGGGUGCGACUCUCAUUUUGGGUAGCCAUUUCUUGAAUUCAACUUUUGCCAAGGAAACUUGUCUCAAGGGAAAAGCAGUUCUCUAGGGGUCUUAUUAAAGGAAUAAGGAGUACAUUCUGCAAAGUCAAGUAUAGAAGCUAUAUGUGUAAGCAUGACUUUUAAGUCAUCUGUCACAUUGUCUAUAUCAUUCAGAUACUUGAGUUGAAAAAGAUGCAUUAAGGAAGUAGGAUGCUCUCCUACUAUGUGUACUUCGACAGUCGAGCCACAACUUCAUCUGUAGAUAAUGAGCUCUGUUUACAGUGGUGACUAUAUAUGAUUGGG